ACUCCGGAAAUGACGCAAAAGCUUUCCUGGGUGUGUUCCCGGAUGCGUCUCAGGUGUGGGGGAGCUGAUCACGUGACCGAAAGUGAGGGCGGGGCCAGUACGCUCCGGACAGGUGAGUGGCAGGCGGGUCACUACAGAGCGGCUGAUCUCUGCAUCACUUCCUAUUGCUGCCUAUAGAGUCGACAUGCUCACGUAUGUACUGACCAUGCGCCAGCUCAAGUUUCUUCCCAUGUUUAUUGCCGUCUCUAACCUCUUAUUAGCCAACGCUCAGAAUGUGACCACGCCAGCCCCAGGCAAGCUCUCGGAGUCGGCGUUACUAGCCGCCAUCAUCGUUCCCUGCGUAGUAGGCGGCCUCAUUCUCAUCGGCAUCAUGGCCUUUAUAUUCAUUAAGAUAAGAGAGAGACGGCAGACAGAGGGAACCUACCGGCCGAGCAGCGAGGAGCACAAGGAACCCCGCGUGGAGCCCAACAUGGCUCUGAAACUACCACCCGAGGAGAGGUUGAUAUGAUGAACUCCAGGAGAGAUUCCUAAAGAUUUAAUGACGGGUCAAAACUUGACACUAGAGACGGGUCAGAACUGUGACUUACACACCAUGUGACUGGCAAGGUCCCCAAACAAUAAUCAGCAGCAUUGUUUUUUCCUCCCACGUGAAACCUGGGGUACAGGGGUAGGGCAGAUACAGGAUACCCUACUGUAUGGCAGUUGCUUGCCCCACCAUUAAAUGCCUGUAUAGAUAUAGAGUUUCAGUAUUAUCCAAUAUUUAGCCUUCCGACAGACUCCAUUUGCAACUCUCAUUGUAUGGUACCAAGACCUGGGCUGGUGUGUAUCACACAAAGUAUUAGAGGCCUAUGGAGUACAGGAAACCUAGAAACACCACUGAUUAUCUGGGCCUGGGCUCAUGUUAUCCAGUUGCAGGGCCUGCCUGGCGAUGGCAUAAAGGCUCUGAUAAUGAACUGAGUGCAUAAAUGUAUUUAUAUAUAUAUAUAAUUCUAAACAUGCUGGACAUGGAAUGAUAUCAGAAGAAUGUAUUCUCCAGAGGCACAUCUCAUUUAUUAAGUAAUAUGUUUUAUAGCACUGGGGAUGGUGUAAGGGCAGAGACUCACGGUCAGAUUCGGGGAGAUUAGUCACCCGGCGACAAAUCUCUUCUUCAAGGCAACUAAUCUCCCCUUCCAAUUGGCUAGAAUGUAAAUCUCCGAUGGGAUGGCACUCG